AUGCCCCUGUCCGCCUGGCCCACGGCGGCCGCCGCCAACAGCACUCUCGCCCUCGCCCCGGCGUCGCCGGAGCUGACGUUCCUCUACACCAUCAACAUCACGGGCGGGGCCGCCAUCCCCGUGGGCGCGGGCCCGCGCGGCAGCCGCGUCGUGCUGCCCAUCAUGGGCGGCACCUUUGCCGGCCCGCACAUGCGCGGCCGCCUGCUGCCCGUGGGCGCCGACUGGGCGCUCGUGGACGCGCGCGACGGCGUGCUGACGGCCGACGUGCGCCAGACGCUCGAGACGGACGACGGCGAGCACGUGCUGGUCUUUGAGACGGGCGCCACCCACGUCGGCGCCUUUGCCCGGGCCGUGGGUGGUGGAGCGGGCGGAGGAGGGGGCCAGUUCAACGCCAGCGCGCCGACGACGGCGUGCCUGCGCAUAGCGUUCGAGACGGGUAGCCAAAGGUACUACUGGCUCAACUCGGUCGUGGCCGUGGGCGUGCUGCGGCGCCUGUCGCCGACGCAGCUGACGAUUGAUGCCUGGCAGAUCACGCCGCCCCAGGACACGACGGUUUUGCCGGGAGGGGUUUCAAGCACGGAGAGGGUGGUGCAUCGCCCAUGGGGUGGCGAUAUGUAG